AUGCUGUGUUUCGGCGUGGCUAGUAAUGGUCAAUUGGGACUUGGUUCCAAUCCGGCUGGAUUUAUCGCAACACCUCAAAGGAAUAAAUUUUUCGACGAUAAAACGUGUAUUCAAGUAGCAUGUACACUCACACAUAGUUGUUUUCUAAUGGACGAUGGAAAUGUUUAUUCUUGUGGAAAUAAUGAAUAUUCACAAUUAGGGCGUGAAGGACGAAAUUAUGUUCCAGGUACAGGAUUCUCACAACAGAAGAGUUUUUUGAAAGAUAAUGGAACAGUAUACUCUUUUGGUGCAAAUAAUGUCGGACAGUUGGGUUUGGGAAAUACUAUUGAUUGUUGGCGUCCUUGUCCAUUGUUAUCCCUACGUGGUGUACCAAUCUGCCAUAUAGCUUGUGGUGCACAUCAUUCAAUUAUCAUAUCAAAGAGUGCAACAGUCUUUACAUGCGGACUAAACACUUCUGGGCAGCUUGGUAUUGGUGAUACCGAUCCUCGUUUUUAUCCAACUAAUGUAAAAGCCUUACAAUACCAAAAAGUCACAUAUGCAUCAUGUGGGGAAAAGCAUACGGUUGUGAUAACAGCAGAUGGAGGAGUGUUUAGUUUUGGUUCAGGCAAGCACGGUCAGUUAGGACAUAAUUCAACAAUCGACGAACUGUUACCUAGGAAAAUUACUGAAUUAAUGGGCUCGGAGGUGUCUCAGAUUGCCUGUGGAAGAAGUCAUACGGUUGUUUUUGUUCCUAAUGCGGGUCAAAUAUUAACAUUUGGAUUAGCGUGUGCUGGUGGAGUAGAUACACAGCUUACAUCAUUUGUAACCAUCCCACAAAAACUGCAAUAUCCAUUUGUGAGCUAUCGAAAAAUGAAACAGUUUCAACGUCAGAUGUCGGAUCAUAGCGUACAGCAGAUCCAACGUCCUGUUGAUUAUCGUGUAUACAAUUUGAAUCGUCCAACACUCGAACUUACACUUGAUUUUGCACGAGGACUAUGUCAUGCUAGUAAAUCUAAGGAUACUCUCAGAGAUGCCGAAAGAAAAAUGUCACGUUUAUUUAACACAGAAGCAUGUAUUAAUGGAUCAUUUCUUGCCUUAUCAGAUGUACAUUAUCGAACAAGUUCAAAUAAUCCAGGAAUUGAUAUUGAUAGCGUUAUUGCCAUUAUGGAAAAAUUGAGAACAUGUGAUCAAACUAUUCAAAAUUUGUUACUUGAACAUAUUCAGAGUAUUAUUGGCUCAUUGCCUGAAACAGCUCCAUGUUUUGAGGCACUACGUGUUUAUUUAGUUUUACCAUUUUGUCAUUUAUUUGAGAAUGAUGAUGCAUUAGAAACAAUUACUGGUCCUUUUGCCUUAGCAAUGACAAAAUUAAAAGAAAAAGCGGAUGGAAAAGUAUUAGAUUAUUGGAUUCAACAUAUUGGACGGGUCUGUGUCGAACGAAUUAUAGAAAUAUAUAAGCCUCUUGUUGUGAAAAUUAUUAGUAUUAACUUGAGUCAUAUGCCAGCUGCACAAAAGCAAUAUCAGAUAUUAUUGAGAGGAAUUUUAGAUCUAUUAAAAAAAAUACAUAAUAUCAGUUGUGUUUUGGCUAAACCAGAGUUAGUAAAUCAUGAUUUUUUCUACAUAAAAGAGUUAAGUGAUACAAUUGAUAUUAAAAAGCAUUAUGUUUUAUGGAAACAAGAACGUCAUUUAUUUCAAAAUAAACAAGCAAUUUCAUUUUGUGACUAUCCAUUUUUAUUUGAUUUUCGUGCAAAAACAAUGUUAUUACAAUGUGAAGCUCAAUUAUCGAUGAAUGAUGCGGUCAUACAAGCAUUUCAACAUAACAUUCAAACAUUAUUUUUCGACGCAUCUGAUCCUGUAAAUCCAUUAUUAUCACUUCAUGUCAAUCGAAAUUCUAUUGUACAAAAUACAAUUGGUCAAUUAGAUAAAUAUAAAGAUGAAGAUUUAAAAAAACCUCUUCAUGUCUAUUUUAUAAAUGAAGAAGGAUUAGAUGCAGGUGGAGUAAAAAAAGAAUUUUUUCUUCUUCUUACAAAAGAAAUACUUGAUCCAAAAUAUGGAAUGUUUACCUAUUAUGAAGAAACACAUACUAUCUGGUUUAGUGAACAUGGAUUAGAAGACGAUCAUAUGUAUCGAUUAAUUGGAACACUAUGCGGUUUAGCCAUUUAUAAUUUCAUUAUUAUUGAUUUACCAUUUCCAUUAGCAUUAUAUAAAAAAUUACUAAAUAAAGGAAAAAUUGAUAUUGAUGAUUUAAAAUCAUUAUCACCAAUUAUUCAUCGUUCAUUACAAGAAUUAUUAAUAUACAAAGAAGAUGAUAUUGAAGAAACGUUUUGUUUUACCUUUGAAAUUGUACGUGAAUCAUUUGGUGAACGACGUCAUAUUGAAUUGAAACCAAAUGGUGCAAAUAUAAUGGUCAAUCAGUCAAAUAAACAAGAAUUUGUUGAUUUAUAUAUUGAUUAUAUAUUUAAUAAAUCAGUUGAUAAACAAUUUCGUGCAUUUAAUGACGGAUUUCGACGUGUUUUUCCCUCUCAACCUCUCGAGUUAUUUUAUCCAGAUGAAUUAAUGUCAUUUGUUGUUGGUAAUACAAAUUAUGAUUGGAAUGAUUUUCAGAAGAAAACAGAGUAUAAAGAAGAAUAUCAUGCCAAUCAUCCAGUUAUCAAAUGGUUUUGGGAAGUGUUUCAUAAAAUGACAGUGGAUGAAAAAAAGAAAUUUUUACAAUUUUUAACGGGAACCACUCGUGUCCCUGUGUUUGGUUGGACUCAGCCAAUGAUUAUUCAACGAAGUCACAAAGAUGAUCAACAUCUUCCUGUGGCACACACAUGUUUUAAUUUACUCGAUUUACCGUUAUAUUCGUCCAAAGCGAUUUUAAAAGAAAAAUUGACUGAAGCUAUCCAACAUAAUCUUGGGUUUAAUCUUGUUUAA